AUGGCCAAGCGCGCUGCAGAAGAUGACGAGCCGAAGACACUGAAAGCUGGUGAGCGUCCUGUCGCGGAUGCGCCAGCGGCCGAUGGAGAGGACUUUGAGGAUGAGUUUGAAGACGAAUUCGAAAGCGAGGAUGAGAUCCUGGAGGCAGGAGUUGAUGGCCGCCCAGACGAAGAGCGCGAAGCUGACGAGAAAGCCGCCGGAGCCAUGGACGUCGACCAAGAAACAUUUAUUCCUGGACGCCACAAACUGGAAGCUGGGCAGACACUGGCACCUGAUUUGUCUACGUACGAGAUGCUGCACACUCUAGAGCCAACUUGGCCAUGUCUAUCCUUCGAUAUCGUCAAAGACAACCUUGGCGACAACCGAAAGUCCUAUCCAGCGACUGUAUAUGCUGUUGCUGGAACACAAGCAGCCCACGAUCAUGAUGAAGACGAUGAUGAUGAAGAGUUCUCAGAUCCUAUCCUAGAGACCAAAUCCAUUCCUCUGAAAUCAACCACGAACCGGAUACGAGCACAUCAAUCACCACAAGCAAGCGCUGCGACUCCCCCACCCACCAUCACAGCCGCAAUGCAAGAGAACGGAGACGUCCUCAUCCACGAUGUAAGCCCAUACCUCCGCUCCUUCGACGAACCAGGCUACCAACUCCCCACCAACUCCGACAAGCCCCUCUGCACCAUCCGCGCCCACAAGAAACACGAAGGCUACGCAUUAGACUGGUCCCCUCUCGUACCCGCCGGAAAACUCCUAACCGGCGACUCCAACGGCUCAAUCUUCGCCACCACACGCAGCGAAGGCGGAGGUUUCACAACCGACACCAACGCCUAUCUCGGCCACACAGGCUCCAUCGAAGAACUACAAUGGUCCCCAUCCGAACGCAACGUCUUCGCCUCAGCUUCCUCCGACGGCACCGUAAAAAUCUGGGACGCGCGCUCGAAAUCUCGAAAGCAUGCCAUCUCCGUCAAAGUUUCGGAAUCAGAUGCCAACGUGCUUUCGUGGUCGCAUCAAACUUCUCACCUCCUGGCAUCGGGCCAUGAUGACGGGACGUGGUCGGUUUGGGAUUUGAGGCAGUGGAAAUCUCCGGAUACGGCUGCCAAGAGCAAAGCUGUUGCGCAUUUCUCGUUUCAUUUGGGACAGAUUACGAGUGUGGAAUGGCAUCCGACUGAUGAUUCGAUUGUUUCUGUGUGUUCGGGGGAUAAUACGCUUACGUUGUGGGAUUUGGCUGUUGAGUUGGACGAUGAGGAGUCGAGGUAUACGGCUGAUGUGAAAGAUGUGCCGCCGCAGCUGUUGUUUGUGCAUUAUAUGGAUCAGGUCAAGGAGUCGCAUUGGCAUCCACAGAUUCCCGGUGCUGUCAUGGCGACCGGUGGGAGUGGCUUCGGUGUGUUCAAGACUAUUAGUGUGUAG